AUCAGUGUUGAAAUAGGAUGCACUGCCUCCACCAGCGUCGCUCCAAAAAUGGACUCGUAUUUCCCAAAUCGAUGGAGUGCUUUUCUCUGCAGAAGCUUCUCACUUCCAAAGGCCUAUGAGGGACCGCCUAUGAGGAUACAGACCAUACAGAGUAAUCUUUGACUAGACUAAUAUGGUCGAAAAACAGGCAAGAAAAUUCCACACGCUGUCACAGUACACUGAAUCUCCACAUGGAAAAUAAUGCACUCCUGUCAUAUUAUUGGCAGAGCCAGCUGGCUCUGCCUUCCACAGGCCACAGGCUUGAGAGUUGAGUAGCACCACGCAUAUACGGCAAGUCAGCAUCAGAGUUGAACAUCAUCCGGGCAGCCAAAUUCAGUGCAUCGAAUCCGGGUGCCAGGGAUUAAUCUGCGCCAUCCGAUGUCCCAUCGGACCGCCUGGAGCCCUGGACGCCGCCUUCCUGGAGGUUCAGAACUUGAGAAGAUUCAUUCAUCCACAUGGCCGACUCCAUGAGUCCAUGGCUGAUGUUAGAGCAUGCGUCACUAGCAAGAGGUGACCAAGUUGAUACGCUGCACCCGUUCCAACGUCAGCUCGUCAACUCAACUUAGGAAGAUAUAUAGCACCAGGACCAGGCGCUAUAGACACACUACAGCUGCCAUUGCACCGCUUCCAAGUCCUCCCAGCUUGACAGACUCCACUAGCACUUUUGCUGCCACGGCCGAUCAACCAUGACCUUCGCAGGAAGCGGCUAUGGGGAGAGGGGCUCCAAGAGGGCGCACUUCGUGCUGGUACCGAUGAUGGCUCAGGGCCAUACCAUCCCCAUGACCGACAUGGCACGCCUGCUGGCAGAGCAUGGCGCGCAGGUCAGCUUCAUCACCACGGCGGUCAACGCCGCUAGGUUGGAGGGCUUCGCCGCUGACGUGAAGGCGGCAGGCCUGGCGGUUCAGCUCGUGGAGCUCCACUUCCCGGCAGCGGAGUUCGGCCUACCGGACGGGUGCGAGAACCUCGACAUGAUCCAAUCAAAGAAUUUGUUCUUGAACUUCAUGAAGGCCUGUGCCGCGCUGCAGGAGCCGCUCAUGGCGUACCUCCGUGAGCAGCAGCGCUCGCCUCCGAGCUGCAUCAUAUCUGACCUGGUUCACUGGUGGACUGGUGACAUCGCAAGGGAGCUUGGUAUCCCGAGGCUGACCUUUAGUGGCUUUUGUGGCUUCUCGUCCCUCAUCAGGUACAUCACUUAUCACAACAAUGUAUUUCAAAAUGUCAAAGACGAAAAUGAGCUCAUCACAAUCACAGGGUUCCCUACGCCACUAGAGCUGACAAAGGCUAAAUGCCCUGGAAAUUUUUGUAUUCCUGGUAUGGAGCAAAUCCGUAAGAAGUUCCUUGAAGAGGAGCUGAAAAGUGAUGGUGAGGUAAUUAACAGCUUCCAGGAGCUGGAGACAUUGUACAUUGAAUCCUUUGAGCAGACGACAAAGAAGAAGGUCUGGGCGGUCGGACCAAUGUGCCUCUGUCACCGAGACAACAACACUAUGGCCGCAAGAGGAAACAAGGCGUCAAUGGAUGAAGCACAGUGCUUGCAAUGGCUUGAUUCAAUGAAGCCAGGCUCAGUGGUCUUUGUCAGCUUUGGCAGCCUCGCUUGCACUACACCUCAACAGCUUGUUGAGCUGGGACUGGGACUUGAAACCUCCAGGAAACCGUUUAUUUGGGUGAUCAAAGCAGGAGCUAAGCUUCCAGAAGUCGAGGAAUGGCUCGCAGACGAGUUCGAGGAGCGUGUCAAAAAUAGAGGCAUGGUCAUAAGGGGUUGGGCGCCACAGCUCAUGAUCCUGCAGCACCAAGCCGUUGGAGGAUUCGUGACGCACUGCGGGUGGAACUCAACAAUAGAGGGCAUCUGUGCAGGUGUGCCCAUGAUCACAUGGCCGCACUUUGGGGAGCAGUUUUUGAAUGAGAAGCUGCUGGUGGAUGUGCUGAAAAUCGGGAUGGAGGUUGGAGUGAAAGGAGUUACACAGUGGGGAAGUGAAAACCAGGAGGUUAUGGUUACAAGAGAUGAGGUGCAGAAAGCUGUGAACACCCUGAUGGAUGAGGGCGCGGCUGCAGAAGAGAUGAGGGUGAGAGCAAAAGACUGCGCCAUUAAGGCAAGGAGGGCUUUCGAUGAGGGAGGUUCUUCGUAUGACAACAUAAGGCUAUUAAUUCAAGAAAUGGAAAUCAAGACGAAUGCAUGUGGUUCAGUGGUUGAUAGAGAUGGUAAUAAGCUCUCUUUUUUGGUGUAAACAAAAAGUAAAAGAGCCUAUAGCAUAUUUAUCGUUAUAAAGGAUUUCUUUUACAAAUAACCAGUAGCUUGUAUCAGGAUCACUAUCUAUUCUGUUGCGCAGGUUUCAUAUUUUUUGGGGAAAGGGGAUAUCCCCGGCCUCUGCAUCAUACUGAUCCACACACUCAUAUUUAUUAAAAACAAUUCAGAAGUUCAGUAGUUUCAUAAUGA